ACAUGUGUUCAAUUACAUCGCUUCUUCAUUCCUGAUCAUCUUCAUUUUCUUUCAGAGAAAAUUCUCUCCUUCUUUCUUUCCUCUCUCACUUCUCUUUCUCUGCCUUUUUAGAUUCAAUUUGUCUCUUUUUUUGUUACACUAACAAUAUCUCUCUAUGUUGUUAGUAUCUCUGUGUUAAGUUGUUCUUUAUCAUGAAUCCUAAUUUACUUAAUUAUAAUUACAGGCCUGUAAAUUCAUCAACCAUUCCUAUUUUAUCUUCGACAAUAUCUUCACCUCUAACAACCUCACCUUCAAAUCGAUUGAAUCAAGUUCAUCUACUACCUUCAUCCGACGUCUCGAUUAAUUCUGGUCUCAUCAAUAAGAUGCAAACAUCAUCAUCGUAUCUUCCCUUUGACGAUAGUACAGCUUUGUUGAAUUUUUUUAUGAAUGACACUGACAACGUUUCAACUAUGGCACCUAAUCAAAUGGCUUCAAAUGAAAUUAUUUCUGACCAAAAUCACCAACAACUUGCUGGAACAACCAAUGAUCAUCCCUAUUCAAGAGUAGAACGAGAUAUGAGAAAUGAUCAUCAAUUAACACCAAUCAACAACUCAUAUGUUUCUAACUCAUCUAAUUUACAAACAGGUCGAAUUAACUCAAAUUCAAUCGGAGGUAAUAGUCAACAUCAUUCAUCCCUUCACUCACAUUCAGCUCAUCAUCAUCAUUCACCUCAACAACAACAACAACCUCACCAACAUCAACAUCAACCAUCCUCACAUCAUCAACAAUCAAUUCAUCCUUCACAUCAAAGACAACAACACCAACAGCAACAUCAACAAUUACAACAUUCAAUGUCUCACCAUCUAUUAGCUCCACAUUCACAUUUAUCUCACUCGAUUCCUCAUCAUUCAAUUCACAAUUAUGUACAACAGCCUAACUCUAAUCACUCAUAUAAUCCUAAUUACUUAACACAACCACCUAAUAUAGUUAAUCAUGGUUCACCUGAACAGGGUAGAGGACUUAACAGUCCAGAUCCAUCUCCAGGUAACAAUAUUGGGAAUAUUUUAACAAUUAAUAACGAUGAAUCGCCGAGCACUCGUUCUUCAGCGAAUGCAAGUACUUCAAGCCUAUCUGCUGGUACAAACUCUUAUCAAACUUCAUCACAGUCAACAAAUUCAUCUCAAGCUACGAAUUCAUCACAAGCAACUAUAUCAUCACAAAAGUCUGACGAUCUUUCCCAAAAGUCGAGUCAACCUUUCAAUUGUGAUUCGGAAAGAAAAAAGCAUAAUGAGACUUUAACAUCAUCAUCAUUAGGAAUUCCCUGUGGAUUAAUUGAGGCACCACCACCGCCUCCGCCUCCACCAAUCCUAUUACCACCCAAACCUGAAGUUAUCGAUAUCUCACCCAUUCGAACAAGAGAUGAAAAGAAAGAGGAUAAUAUUAAAAUCUCUCAAACAAUAUCAACAGUACCCUUUUCAUUAUCAUCAUCACCUCCAGGAACUGUUUGUGUACAAGUUGAAUCAGUUACUACCACUUGUGUUGUCCAUCGAUUACGAUAUGAAGGUCGUGUCAUCGCUGAAACCGUGGUUAACCAACAUGAAUCAUCUGUUCCCUUAGGAACUGUUCGUAUAAAUGAGACUGAGCUUGAACAAAAAGGUCCUUUUACAAUUUCUACUAUUGGAGAAUUGCGAUGUAGUUUUCCAUACUCAAGUGAUUCAAACAAUUUAAUUGGCGAUGUUGCUUCUUCUAGUAAUACCUUUAAUAGCUACGCUAAUAACACUAGAGAUUCAAAUCGGACUGAAAGCAAAUUCUCUGUGAGAUCAUCGACUAAUGUUGAAUCAAGAACUAAACCAAGUGGGUCUGGUGUAACUCGUAAAUCUAGUAAACCAAGUUCGUAUAAAGAAAGUAGAUCAACCUUAGAUUCUUCCAGCUCAAUUUUACCUUCAUCAAAUAAACUUGAUACCAUCAUGGAAUUAUCAACACCUUCUCCUACCACUACAACCACCACUUCCAUGAAAAGCUCAAAUAAGAGGAAAAUAUCUUCCCUUUCAAGUAACACUACGAGUAAAAGGAUGAGAAAACAUGGAAAACGUAUCGAUGAAGAAAAGGAACCUCCGAUUAAAGAUAAUGAGAGUACAACAAAAAAAGAGGAAUUGAUAGACAAUGAAGAGACCCGCCGGGCAACAGCUUCUGUUUUACUUUCUCUACAUGGUGAUUCUUCACUAUUAAGAAUGAAGAAUAUGGUUUCUAUUCCUGAGAUUGUUAUUGACAGAAUAAGAGAGCCCGAGUUUCGACAUAUUGAAAAGGAUAAUCAAGUUUUCGCAAAAUGGGCAAGAGAUAAAAACUUUUACCCUGGAAAAGCAACAUCACCCCAAAUGGAUUCCAAAUGGUUAAUAACUUUUGAUGAUGGUGAACAACGAUCUGUCCAUGAAAGUGAAAUUAUCUCAAUUCCUUACCUGGUUCCUGGUCAACAGGUUAUGUUAACUUAUACCAAUGAUAGUUGUGCUCAGAGAGUAAUUAAAAAAUGUUUCGUUCGUGAAGGAAUUGAUGUUGAAUAUCAGGUUGAAAAUGAUGAAACACGUUAUCCAACACGUAAAAUUUUUCUAACCUCUGACAUGGCUGCUAUUCUUUUAAGUAAACAAUCAAAAUUGCCUUCUAAUGCAUCCAAAUUUGCCGAUGUUGAUCUCAAUAAUAUUAUACCUAAAAGGUCACGGGUAACCAAACCAAUAACCUCAUCAUCAAAUCCAUUACCACAAUCAUCUAAUAAUAACAAUACUGUUAAUCCUUCAAUGUCUCUGCCCACUACAAUUACGAGUCAAACAAUUUCUAGCGAUGAUCUUGGUUCACAUGGUGAUUCGGAUACAGGAUCAGUUAACAGUUACAAGAGUACAAAAAGUCGUAGUACAUCAUUUAGUAAACAAUUUUUGCCCUCAUUAAGCCCAUCCUCAUCUAAUCGACCAUCAAGUGAGAUAUCAUCCAAGACAAAGAAAACUUCGGGCAAAUAUCCACCUCCUUUACCUCUUUCGAAUAAGAAAACUAGUGAUUCUUCUUCAUCUUCAUCUUCAUCUUCAACAAAAAAUGAACGAUCAUCAGGUGGUAAAUCAUCUUCAUCAACCAAUUCUGCCUCGAAAACAUUAUCAACUCUAAUUCACCAAGGAGAGAAAGAGAAACUUCUUGGUCCAAUUCCACCGGAGGGAAGUAAUCUUUUCGCUGGUAUUGGUUUUCUUUUAACAACAACUAAUAAAACUAAUAAAUCGAACGGUGAAAUGUACUCAUCUGAGGCCGGUUCUAGUAUACCUUUCGACGCUGACUAUUUAACCACACAAAUCCAAAUGGGUUCAGGUAAAAUCUUUUCAGAUGUUGAUGCAGCUCGGAAAUGCACUGAAAUCAAUGAAACCGUUCUGAUUGCUUACACUUAUUUAAAAUCAUCUCUUUACAUGCAAUGUUUACAUGGUGGUAUUCCUUGUGUAAUGCAUACCUGGGUCAUUGAAUGUUGUCGUGAAGGACAAUUACUCCAAAAAUCAAAAUAUCUUUUACCCUCGGGCUAUAGUUUAAUCAAAUCAAAUCUUUCAUCAGACAAAAAUGUAUUCAAGAAAAGUGCAUUUCUAUUCAAAGGACUGAAAAUAAUGAUCGCUGAUACUAAAUUAAUUGAUAAAUGGAAACCAGUGUUAAUUACUGGUUCAUCAAUUAUUGUUUCUAAUUUACCACCGGCAACAGGCUCAUCAACUAGAAAAGCCAGUAAUUCAGUGGAUUUAAUAAUUGCCGAUACCAAUUGUCCAAGUCCGAUAAUUAAGAAAGCGCAACAAAUGAAUAUUCCAAUUGUGACAAGCGAAUAUCUCGCUCAAUGUUUGAUAAAUGGGAGAAAAUUAUCCCAUGAUUCUCAUGAACAAUUUAAAUAUAAAUAACCUAAUUAUUAUCUAUCAUUUUAUGUUCGAUCGCUUGACCCUUUACACUAUUGUAACUUUUUUCAUCAUUUUACCUUUGACCCACCUAUUGUUGUUCAUUUCUACACUUUGUUCUUUCUUUAAAUUUGCAUUUGCAUUUUCUUUUCUUUCAAAUUAUCAUCAUCAUCAGCAUCAUCAUCAUAAUUACCUCAUCAGCAUUUGCCAUUAUCACCAUGGAUUCAUCAUUAAUCGCAAUAUGAAGGCUAAAGUCAUCAAUUUCUUCCGGUGAAACUUUGUAUUAACGUGUAAACAAAAUGUUAGUUAUAAUCGUUGAUUACUAAUCCACCAAAAAAAAUCAAAACCAUUAAAUGGACAAACAUUGUCAGUUAA